GUGUCGUCUACUGUUCUCAUUACUCAUCAACCUUACAAUCAACAUCAUCUCAACACUCAUCCCUCCCAUCAUCUCCCUCACCAUCAGCACGCUCAUAAUCAUUAUCGUCAUCAUCAUCAUCAUCACAAGAAUCAUCACCACCAACAUAACCAUUAUUACGAACAUUAUCAUGAAGACGAAAAUGAUUACUACGACCAUAGCUCUGUGGUGGUUGUAACCGCUUUAUUUGACAUUGGUCGCGGCGACUGGUACAAAUAUACUCGUUCUUAUGAGCAGUAUUUGGUCUAUAUGAUAAAACUGCUAAAGCUUAAGAAUCGAAUGGUGAUUUUCACAGACGCUGAAGGGGCAAAACUUGUCCGACAGCGAAGACAUCUGAAGAAUACAGAGAUUCACGAAAUGACCAUUCAAGAUAUUCCUCUGUACAGGUAUCGAGAUGAAAUGAAGCAAAUUAUCGAACAUGAACAAAACAACUGGAGUUUUGAUCAGGCAAUGAAAGACCAUCCGGAAUCCAAAAGUGUUGAUUAUGAUAUUGUUGUUAACUCCAAAGCAUACUUUGUAUAUAACGCAACACAAACAAGUAAAUUUCGAUAUAGCGUUAAUUAUUUUACUUGGAUCGAUGCUGGAUAUGGUCAUGAGGAUCAGUCUGUGGUGCCACCUUAUUGCAACUGGAGACCUGCGUUGCCAAACGGAUUUAUAACAGUUAUUAAGAUGACUCCUGAGUAUGAUAAAGUUGGAAGGUACUCGAUCAAUGAUCUCUACCGUGUAGAUUGGUCUGUUGUCAGUGGUGGUUUCUUCGGUGGCGAUGUUGAAGCAAUCAAUAGAUUCUACCGAUUUUAUCAUAAAACAUUUAUGGAUCUAUUAGAUGAACGAAAAGUUGAUGACGAUCAGACAGUUCUAACCCUGGUGAUGAAGCAUUAUCCAAAUUUAUUCUAUACGUUACACAGUAACGGUGACUGGUUUGCACUGUUCAAAUUUUUUCCCUGUUAA